AUGAACGGCAAAGAACUCAGAAUCGGGUCGUUGCUCGUGUUGGACACUGUGUUCUUCCUCCUCGAGGCCAUCGUAGGCUAUUCGGUCCACUCGUUGGCGUUGGUGGCCGAUUCGUUCCACAUGUUGAACGACAUCAUCUCCCUCAUCAUCGCCCUCUGGGCGGUUCGUGUCAAGAACACCAAGCCUGCUGACGGCAAGUACACCUACGGGUGGCAGCGCGCUGAGAUCUUGGGUGCAUUGAUCAACGCCGUGUUUCUUUUGGCGCUCUGCUUCACCAUUAUCAUCGAAGCCAUCCAACGGUUCUUCGAGCCUGCCGAGAUCUCGUCCCCCAAGCUUGUGCUUGUGGUGGGAUGUGCUGGCUUGGCCAGCAACUUCGUAGGGUUGGUGUUGUUCCACGAACAUGGUCAUUCCCAUGGUGGUGGCAGCGGCCAUGGCCAUGGCCACUCUCACUCGGACCCUGAUCCAGAAGCCUCAGUGGGCCAGUCCUCAUUGUACCAGUCCUCCCACAACAAUUCAUCCACGGACGUGGCUGACUACCUCCCUGACUCCGUGGUCGAAAGAUACAACGAGGAUAGCCCCUUGCUCCACAAGCACGACCACUCCCACUCAGAGCCCCACCCAGAAUCCAAGCCCAAGAAGAAGAAGUCCAUGAACAUGGAGGGUGUGUUUUUGCACGUAUUCGGUGACGCUUUAGGCAAUGUUGGUGUCAUUAUCACUGCGUUGUUCAUCUGGAAAACCGAUUAUUCUUGGAGAUUCUUAACCGAUCCUAUUGUGUCCUUGGUCAUCACAGUGAUCAUAUUCUCGUCCGCAUUGCCGUUGUGCCGUAAAUCAUCCAAGAUCUUGUUGCAAGCUACCCCGCCAAAUAUCAAUCCCCAGCAUAUCCUUGAAAGCAUCCUUAAGCUUGCCUCGGUCAAGUCGGUGCACGAUUUCCACGUGUGGAACUUGAACGAGGAUAUCUUGAUCGCGUCGUUGCACUUGGAAUUGAGCGAGAGCUCUGAGCCCAACGCUUCCACCCUGUUCGACCAGUCCAGUUUCUUGAAGGUGGUUGGCGAGGUCAGAGAAGUGUUGCACAGGUUUGGCAUUCAUUCUGCCACCAUCCAGCCCGAGUUCAGUACUGCGGCUGAUCGCGUGCUCAACAGAAAGGCUAGUGCCUAUGGACAAUCCAGCAAGUUGAACUGUGUGGUGGACGACUAUUCGAACUGUGACACCGACCAGUGUAAGUGA